CCCAGUUUCCGGUUCCGGCAGUACCGGGAUCCUAGUCGAGAUGGAGGAAGAUGCGACCAGAGGCUGGCAGCCGCUGGGAACGGAGGGUCAAGCGGGGCCUGCGGCCUAGAGGUCCGGGGUUGGAGUUCGCCUCAGACUCGGUGGAGCCGCCGGGGUCUGAGAAGGUCUCCAGGCACAAUGGAGGACAAACGAAACAUCCAGAUCAUUGAGUGGGAACAUCUGGACAAGAAGAAGUUCUACGUGUUUGGUGUGGCAAUGACAAUGAUGAUCCGGGUCAGCGUCUACCCAUUUACCCUCAUCCGCACCCGCCUGCAGGUUCAGAAGGGCAAGAGCCUCUACCAUGGGACCUUUGAUGCCUUCAUUAAGAUCCUGCGAGCAGAUGGUGUGUCUGGCCUCUAUCGGGGGUUCCUGGUCAACACCUUUACCCUCAUCUCUGGCCAGUGCUAUGUCACCACUUAUGAGCUCACCCGGAAAUUUGUAGCUGACUACAGCCAGAGCAACACAGUGAAAUCAUUAGUGGCUGGUGGCUCGGCCUCCCUUGUGGCCCAGAGCAUCACAGUGCCCAUUGACGUGGUCUCCCAGCACCUGAUGAUGCAGCGCAAGGGGGAGAGAAUGGGCCGCUUCCAGGUGCGUGGGAACCCAGAGGGACACGGGAUAAUUGCCUUUGGCCAAACGAAAGACAUCAUCAGGCAGAUCCUGCGAGCUGAUGGGCUUCGAGGCUUCUACCGAGGCUACGUGGCUUCACUGCUUACCUAUAUCCCAAACAGUGCUGUCUGGUGGCCCUUUUAUCACUUCUAUGCAGAGCAGCUCUCGCACCUGUGUCCUAAGGAGUGCCCUCACAUUGUCUUUCAAGCUAUUUCGGGGCCCCUGGCUGCAGCCACUGCCUCUAUCCUCACCAAUCCCAUGGAUGUCAUCCGAACUCGUGUGCAGGUUGAAGGCAAGAGCUCCAUCAUCCUAACCUUCAGACAGCUGAUGGCAGAAGAGGGACCUUGGGGCCUCAUGAAGGGCCUCUCGGCCAGAAUCAUCUCAGCUACUCCUUCCACCAUCGUCAUUGUGGUGGGCUAUGAGAGCCUCAAGAAACUCAGCCUGCGACCGGAGCUGGUGGACUCAAGACACUGGUAGCCAGUGGUGGGUAGAGAAGUGGCUGUUCCCACUAUUCUGGGCUGGGGGCAGAGCAGGGAAGAGAGUAUCUUCUCUAAUGCCCCCACUACAUACCCAUCCCUGCCCUGGGCCAGGUGGCCUGUCUGGGAAAGGGACAGAGACUUUGGCCUGCUCUUGCUGAAGAGGUUCCAUGCCUGGCUUCCCUUCCCCAACUAUUUUUAAUUCUCCUACUGAACUGGGCUCCCUUCCUCAGCUCCUGGCCUGGAGGCCCACCUCCCCUGAACUGCUAGCCCCCUCAGGCUUCCCUUUCCAUCUUCCCUGAGGUCCUGAGCAGAGCUGUGCAUAGAGCUUAUUGACUACCACUGAUUUCUCCUCGGGGGCUUUCACCAGACUCUAAGCAGUUGCCCCCCACCCUCUACCACGUCACCUCUGAGGCUAGCUCAUUUUUAAUUUGGGUCUGAGCUGCCCACCAGACUACUACUCUGCAUUUCUUACACUUUGGGGUAAGUUGCCAGGCACUUUUGCACAGUCAGAGCAGCAAAAUCCCUGUCUCUACAGAGCACUCGUCUUUUCUUUUGAGGAGUUAUUGAGAUGGGGAGAAAAGCUGAUACUUUAUUUUAUGUGUAUAUUUUUAAACGUCUGUGAACCAGGCUCUUGUCCUAGUCCUGCUAAAGCACCAAUCCUGCUGUCAGAGCCUACCCCUGCCUUAGACAGGUGGGAAAAUGUCACGUAGCCUUUUCCUCAAUCCCAGUCCUAUCCCUUCAACCCCAGCAGCCCCUGUACAAUAUGAGCUGUUGGCUUCCCCUGGCCCAGAUGACAACAGUGGGGUGGGGGGCACAGUUCUAAAUAGGUUGGGCCGUCUCGGGUACACUGGGCUUGGAGCACCUCCUUGAAAAGUCAGGUUGAGAGAGUAGUUGGUUUGGAAAGCAGCAAGAGGGUAUGUGUUCCCCAUCAGGCCAGCUGAGCCCAGCCUAGCAGAGAACAGUGGAGGUUCUCAACCCCAUUGAGAGGCAGCCACGAGGUACACAUACACCCCAGUCACUCAUACGGCAACAGUGUUGUCUCACAGUGGAAAUCUGAGAUGUGGAAUGUUUUUUUUCCCUUCUCUCUGGGUGUAAAGAGUCAUCCCAGUCAUGGUACCCUGUGCUUGAAGAGAAUAAAGAGCAGUUCAGGAAGUCACCUAAUACCAGGAUCACUGCAUUUACCAGCCUGAUACUGCCAAGAUUAUCUGUUGAAGCUCCGCUCAGAAGCUAGGAGACCUGCUCCUGCUCCCCUGCCUCAUUCUUCCCCACCCCACCUCCUCCACCAAGCCUGGGUUGGGUGGAGAGGUGCAGUGAAUGGAAGGAGAAGGAGGCAGUCAACCCUGCCUUCCCACUUGAGACGCUUGGUCUGAAUGAUCCUUUAAACCUAUUUAAGGGUCCCACCUGCUGGGGAAGGCCCCGGUGCCAUUGAAAGGUGCUAGCUACCUGAAGCCUUGAUGUUUCCCACAUUCUUACACCCUGGCCUGACUCUGAACCAGAUUUCACUACCUUCACCGCCAACCAUGUUCCAUCUUGUCUCUGGUUAAGGAUUUUCCCCUAUUCAUUUUAUUUAUUAAUUAUUAUUAUUAUUUUUUUGUCCCUACCUUCACUUUGUCUUCCAGUUUCUUUUCACAAAUAGUCAUCCUAAAGGUUGGGCCCACAGGUCAUUCCGAAUCUUCCUGCCCAUCACUCAUCACUCACCCUGAGAACCACCCACACAGGGAAGCAAGGGCCCUGUCUCUUUUUAAGCUUUCCCAGUGAGCGCUGGAGGAUGGUGUUCUCAGUGCCGCCGGUCUUCCGACCUUCCCCACUGUGCUGACGUGGUCCUCUCCUGCCUCAGGUGUGACUCCCUCCCGCUCCUCUCCUGUAGGGUACUCAGUCUUCCACCUGUCCCCCCCCACACACACAGAUUUCAAGGGUGUUGUGGAGAAUUAAUGGGACCCUGGCCCCUACUUUCCCUUAAUAGUUUAGGAGCUGGGAUUGGGUUUAGGACAGUUUUUGAUGGGGAUGAGACCGUGGAUUUCCAUUUUCCUACGACGUGGAGACCAAAGCAGCCGGCAAUUUGAUGUAUGGAUUAGCAACCAAACUGGAAGAGACUCCUGGAGCACGGGCAAGACCGGAACCUGACUGCAGGAGCACUGAGAGGGAAAUGAAAGCACGUGAACGUCUGACCCAAUGAACUCUUGUGAAUAUCAGCAGGGAAUAUUCACUUUUGCACUGUACGAUGUCUCUGAAGUGUAAUUAAAAGUUUUUACGAGCCCCUGA